AUGGCGCUGCGAGUGAUGCGGGGGAUCGUGAACGGGGCCGCACCCGAGAUGCCCGUGCCCACCAGUGGGGCCGGGGCGGGGGCGGGCUCUUGGGAGCAGGCGAUGGCAGCGAGUCGGAACUACCUGUCCCAGCCUCGCCUCACAUACAAGACAGUAUCAGGAGUCAAUGGUCCACUAGUGAUCUUGGACCAUGUUAAGUUUCCCAGAUAUGCUGAGAUUGUUCACUUGACAUUACCAGAUGGCACAAAGAGAAGUGGGCAAGUUCUAGAAGUUAGUGGUUCCAAAGCAGUGGUUCAGGUAUUUGAAGGGACUUCAGGUAUAGAUGCCAGGAAAACAUCCUGUGAGUUUACUGGGGAUAUUCUCCGAACACCAGUGUCUGAGGAUAUGCUUGGUCGGGUAUUCAAUGGGUCAGGAAAACCGAUCGACAGAGGUCCUGUUGUGCUGGCUGAAGACUUCCUUGACAUCAUGGGCCAGCCAAUCAAUCCUCAGUGUCGAAUCUACCCAGAGGAGAUGAUUCAGACCGGCAUCUCGGCCAUAGAUGGCAUGAACAGUAUUGCUAGAGGACAGAAAAUUCCUAUAUUCUCUGCUGCUGGCUUACCACACAAUGAGAUUGCUGCUCAGAUCUGUCGCCAGGCUGGUUUGGUAAAGAAAUCCAAAGAUGUAGUGGACUACAGUGAGGAAAAUUUUGCAAUUGUAUUUGCUGCUAUGGGUGUAAACAUGGAAACUGCCCGGUUCUUCAAAUCUGACUUUGAAGAAAAUGGCUCCAUGGACAACGUCUGCCUCUUUUUGAACUUGGCUAAUGACCCUACUAUUGAACGAAUUAUCACUCCUCGCUUGGCUCUAACCACAGCUGAAUUUCUGGCCUAUCAGUGUGAGAAACAUGUAUUGGUUAUCCUAACAGACAUGAGUUCUUAUGCUGAAGCACUUCGAGAGGUUUCAGCAGCCAGGGAAGAGGUUCCUGGACGACGAGGGUUCCCAGGUUACAUGUACACGGAUUUAGCCACAAUAUAUGAACGUGCUGGUCGUGUGGAAGGCAGAAAUGGCUCGAUUACUCAAAUCCCUAUUCUCACCAUGCCUAAUGAUGAUAUCACUCACCCCAUUCCUGAUUUGACUGGAUAUAUCACAGAGGGGCAGAUCUAUGUGGAUAGACAGCUACACAACAGACAGAUUUACCCACCUAUUAAUGUGCUGCCCUCAUUGUCACGGUUAAUGAAGUCUGCUAUUGGGGAAGGUAUGACCAGAAAGGAUCAUGCUGAUGUGUCUAACCAGCUGUAUGCGUGCUAUGCUAUUGGUAAGGAUGUACAAGCCAUGAAAGCCGUGGUGGGAGAAGAAGCCCUUACCUCAGAUGAUCUUCUUUACUUGGAAUUUCUGCAGAAGUUUGAGAGGAACUUCAUUGCUCAGGGUCCUUAUGAAAACCGCACUGUCUAUGAGACUUUGGACAUUGGCUGGCAGCUGCUCCGAAUUUUCCCCAAAGAAAUGCUGAAGAGAAUCCCUCAGAGCACCCUGAGCGAAUUCUACCCUCGGGACUCCGCAAAGCACUAG